AUGGCGGACAACACAAACACCAAUCCCUUCGAUUGCGAUGUGGAUCCAGAAAUAACAGAAGAACAACAGUUUGAUGACACCGAUAAUGACAUAGUGCCUAUGGAACAGUCUGAAUCAUCAUGGGACUCGAUUGCACAUAAGUUAUUGAGGGAGAACUUUAUGCUUACUGCGUUAGAGUUCCAUACAGAGUUGAUCGAGUCAGGGAGAGAACUUCCACGUUUGAGAGACUAUUUCUCAAACCCUGGAAAUUUUGAAAGGACCCGCGAUGAUCUGACUUCACCUGGUUUACCCAGGACCUCCAGCAUUCAGACUUUUGAUUCCCUCGACUUUGCUAGGUAUUCUGAUGAUGGGGCAGGUCAAGUGGAUGAACGUGUUGCAGUGCUUGAAUUUGAACUACGAAAGGCACAAGAAACAAUAAAGUCACUCCGCGCCAGUCUUACAAAGGAAGCAGAAAAUGAAUGUACAGAAAAUGUGGCAGAAGGGUUUACACAGAUGAGUAAGGAUGAUCCGAUACGACCACUUGACAAGCGAGCUCUUAAUUACCUCGUUAACGAGUACCUGCUGAUGAACAACUACAAACUCACUUCUGUCACUUUCAGUGAAGAAAAUGAGGAUCAGGAUUUUGAAGACUGGGAUGAUGUUGGAUUGAACAUUCCAAGACCCCCAGAUCUCCUACAUCUUUACAAGGACUAUGGAAGUCAUGCUAUACAGGAAGUAGAAACAAACAGUGUUGAAUGUUGGGUAAAUUUUGAAGAAGAUCGGAUUGGAGAACUAGAACAGGACUGGAUAACAACAAAGGAACAUUUGGAUUACCAAAUUAAAGAAUUGGAGGACCAAGUUGUUUUGAUACAGUCGGAGAAAGUAGAUCUACAGAACCAACUAUCGGAGAUGUGCAGAUUAAAAACAGAAUUGCAGAAUUCUUUAGAGGUUACAAAAUCCUUACCACAACAAAAUGGAGAUGUAGAUGUUGAUUUAUCUCCCAUAAAACUUUCCAAAUCUGCAGAUAUUGAUCAAAACACAACCAUGAACAGUAACCAUGGUGAUGAUAUAGACUCUAACUCUGUAGAGGACAGUGAAAUGUCAAGGUCAGAUCUCAAUGAAAGCAAACAUUCAGAGGACCCAGAUGAAAGAAAUAGUGAUUUUGUUGUCAUAGAUACACCAAAUAUCAGUAAGAAAGAAGAGGAAUCUGAAGAAAAAGAAAAUGCAGAUGCAAGACAUCUACCACCAACAUUCAAGAAGGCCCUGUUAGAUGUAUGUUUCCAUGUGUCCAAGGACAACCGGAUUGUGAGUGAGGUGUCUCAGAUCGCAGGCUUCAACAAAGACAAUGUGGUUUUGAUGCUAGGUCGCUGUCUACCUCAUAUAGUGCCCAAUGUCCUUCUAGCCAAAAGGGAGGAGUUAAUUCCCCUGAUCCUGUGUACGGCCAUGUUGCAUCCAGACUCAAAGGAAAGAGACAAAUUACUGAACAUCCUGUUUAAUCUCAUCAAGAAACCAGACGAUGAACAAAGACAGAUGAUACUGACGGGAUGUGUCGCUUUUGCCCAACAUGUCGGACAAGCUCGACUCAUGGAGGAACUCCUCCCACAGUGUUGGGAACAGAUCAGUCACAAGUAUGCAGAGAGGAGGAUACUAGUGGCAGAGGCGUGUGGGGCUCUGGCUUCCUAUCUACCUAAUGAAAUCCUGAGCUCACUAGUGCUGUCCAUGCUGCAACAGAUGCUGAGUGAUGAUAAGGAUGAGGAAGUCCGAGAGGCUGUGGUCAGGAGCCUUGGUCUACUCUUUGGCUUUAUCUGUGAUACGGACAAAUUCUCCCAGGGUUUUGAGCUUUUGCAGACAGCCCUAAAGGACAACUCAGAGCGAGUGAUCACAGCAGCCCAGCAGGUCUUCCUACCAGCAUUUGCAGUCUGGGCUCAGGAACUGGACAAGUUGGAACACAAUCUGAUAAAUACCAUCCUUAAGGAUCUGGAAGAACUAUGUGCUCUAGCGGCUCAGAAGGCAUCCAAUAGUGUGACGAUACCCCUGAACGAGGGACGCUUCCUCCUCCUCAUGAUGGCUCUCCAAGAACUCGUCCCCUUCCUGUUUAUCUCUAUGGUCAAAUCCGCUCCAUUUGUUGGUAAAAUCAGUGAAGUAUUGGGUACAGCAGAGCCUGUAGAUGCAUCUCGGUUUCCCAAACCAAGCUCACCAUUGUCAGAUCUGAAAACUGUAGUUGGAGGUGGACGAGAGUUGUCUGCCCUUAUGUAUCUAUAUGAAAACCACAUAUCUCAGGAAUGGUUUGAACCAUGGGACAACUUUAACUGGGUUGUAAAUAAUCUUAUCCCACGUCUUAUUGAGAUCUCCAUGGGCGCUGGACUCUCAGCUCCUCGCAUCACUACGUGUCAGUGUAAAUGUUUCUUUAAGAUUUGCCGGACAUUUGGCAAAACAUUCACAGAAAAGAAGAUCCGGCCAAAGUUUAUAGAACUUAUGAUGUUAACAGAUGAACAUGUUGAAUACCAGGCAUAUGCCAAUGCUAAGCAGACGUCAGUGACGACGUGCAUUGUACCGGUGUAUGCUGGCGGUGUCCUCAGUGCAUUCAAUAGUGAGGAGGACCGCCAGCAGUUGACUCAGUUCCUACAGGAGAUGCUGACCAUGGUGUCGGUGUACCAGGCUCCCCUCGACAGCAUCAAGGCAGCCUUUAUGGAGAUAAGUGCAAAUCCUAGUAACCAUGAGUUACUGCUGACAGUGUUAUGGGAAGGAGUAGUUCACACAUCAGCUCAGGUGCGGAGUACGGCAGCUCGCUUGUUUGAGCUGCUUGUUAAAGGAGUUAGUGAGAACCUAGUAUCUACACGAGUCUUUCCUGCCUUGGUCACUCUUGGCAAUGACCCAGAAAUCUCUGUGAGAACUUCAACCAUUCCAGCUUUAGGUGCAAUAAUAGAAAAUAUCAAUCUAAGGGAGAUGUUAGAUCGUGUGUACAUGCAGUUUCUGACCUUCAUGGAUGACCCUGCCUAUAAAGACGAACAUAACAUUCAGACUGAGCUUAUCCGAACACUAGCUCGUGUUGGACCAAAUGCCGAGCCCCGCUUUAGAGAUGAAUUCAUUCUGCCGAGACUAGCAGCCAUGGCAUCAGCCAACAACAACUUGACGACGGAGGGUCGAAAGCGAGACAUCGCUCUGCUCCUGUUUGAGGCGUACAGUGCAAUGUCCUGUUGUUUUAUCAAUGAUCAGCUCGUCCAGGAGGCCAUGGUACCAGGGCUACGCUGCCUAAAACAUGACGUGGCUCAAAUUGCACCAGAACAUGAGGAAGUAGUUUCUUCCAUGAUAAAAGACUAUGAAUCCAAGAUGGACUUUACUGCUUCCCCAGCCUAUGCUGCAGCUGGCAACACACCAAUUUCCUCGGAGGACAUGAAAUCACGUAUGAUGUCACGUAUCAAGGAUACGACCUCCAAAGCAAACUUGUCCACCAUCUUCACCAGGAAAAAGUAG